UUCCCAUUUAACUGGACGGAACGGGAAAAUUCAUAAAGUUUGGCUAUUACGCUAUUGAAAAUUUGAAAGAAUUGUAAAAAAAGCAAAAUAUAUGUUAAUAAUUAAUCCUUGAGUUGUUGGGUAUGCAAAUAAGAUGCAAAAUAUAGAAUACACGAGAUUAUUCCAAUGAAAAAUAUAAGUUAUUGUUCAAGAAUGCAAAAGUAUGUGAGUGCUAGUGAGUGUGUGUGAAAAAGACGACGACGACGAUAAGUAAAGGAUUGAAUGGUAACCAAAAACCACCCGUGAAAAAGUGAGGCGGAACAAAUAAAAAUAAUUUUUUAAACAUUUAAAAACGAAGGCUGUUUGGUUUGCCUAAAUUUUGAUUUACAACUUUUGAGGUUUUCAAUACGCUAUGGCCUCCGGAAGUGCAUUAGCAGGUGCAUCCGGUGGACACAUUGCUGCUGCUGUGGGUGAUUACAACAAUUCGGGACCAACAACGUCAUCGCUGAGUAAUGGUUCAGCCACACACAGCUCAUCUUCAAAUCAAGGCUAUCAUCAGUUGAGUGUUACAAUUGAGGAAGCCUCACUGCGUAAUAGCGGUUUCCUGAAGCCCAAUCCAUAUGUUGAGUUAUUAAUCGAUAAUAAAAGUAAACGUAAGACGGAUUUUGUAAAGAAUACAUAUUUGCCCAAAUGGAACGAAGAAUUUACCGUACUGAUCACACCCCAUUCAGUGUUGCACUUUAAGGUUCUCGAUCAUUCAAGCUUUCGCAAAGAUGCUAUGCUCGGUGAACGCACCAUCAGUCUGGCCCACAUACUGCAACACUAUAAUGGACGCUGUGAGUUUCUGGAGGUGAGCAUGGAUCUAUUGGUCACCUCUAAAUCGGAUAAUCGUCAGACGAAAAGCGGCGAACUUGUUGCUAUACUUAAUGGUCUUAAGUUGGAUAUGAGCAGUAUUAUGUUGCAAAAUGGCAAUGGUUCUUUGAUGGGGACAAACAAUGGAAGUUCUGUGGCGAGUGGUGCCGUCGGGGGAACAGAUGCACUUAAUGUAGCCUCAAGCAAUGCUGCGGCGGGAGCGGCGCCUGGACGAAGUUGUUUGAUAUACGGUGGCGUUAGGACUAGAGUGCGUAUGCGCUCUACCGGUAGUGUAAGUGAAAGUGGAGCAGCGGGGGUAUGUGCUUCCAGAUCGCCGGUGGCAAUGCAAAAUGGAAAUCUGGAACGCAGCAGUAGUUCUGGUGCCAUGAUACCGCAAAAUGGUAGUGGGGGAGCUUUAAGAAGAGCCCCUAAUGCACCUGGCACUUGGGAUCCACAGACUGCCGCGGCAAUGGCUGCACAACAACAACAACAGCAGCAACAGCAAAUGCAUAUGGCCGCACAUAAUCAACGCAUAAAUGGCUCUGCAGUCGGUACUGCUGCUGUGCCCAGUUCAGCGUCGUCGGUGGCAGCAGGCACACGUCCCAUGUCUCAAAUGUAUGCAAAUGGCGGAGCAGUGCCUGGUCAACAACCGGUAAUGGAAGGCGCUGUGGGUGGCAUGAUGACCGAUCCCCAAACUGGUUUAGCGGUUUCCGGCAAUGGCUUGCCCGUCUCCAAUGCCACAGAUCAACAAUUGCAGGCGGCCCAGGCAGACGAUGAACCAUUGCCAGCCGGUUGGGAGAUACGCUACGAUCAAUAUGGCCGCCGUUAUUAUGUGGAUCAUAACACUCGGUCGACGUACUGGGAGAAACCUACGCCGCUGCCGCCGGGUUGGGAAAUUCGCAAGGAUCCCCGAGGUCGAGUAUACUAUGUAGAUCAUAAUACGCGUACGACUACUUGGCAAAGGCCGAACAGUGAACGUCUUAUGCAUUUCCAACAUUGGCAAGGACAACGAGCUCAUGUGGUAGCACAAGGUAAUCAGAGGUUCCUGUAUGGGCAACAACAGCAGCAACCCACAGCGGUGACAGCAGCUGCCACGCAAGAUGACGAAGACACCCUGGGCGCCCUGCCGGAUGGGUGGGAAAAGAAAGUACAAUCGGACAAUCGCGUUUACUUUGUGAAUCAUAAGAAUCGUACCACACAAUGGGAAGAUCCCCGCACCCAAGGCCAAGAGGUGAGUUUGAUAAAUGAGGGUCCUCUGCCGCCAGGCUGGGAGAUACGUUACACCGCUACGGGAGAGCGAUUCUUUGUUGAUCACAAUACACGUCGUACCACCUUUGAAGACCCUCGCCCAGGAGCCCCCAAAGGGGCCAAGGGUGUCUAUGGCGUACCGCGAGCCUACGAGCGUAGUUUCCGUUGGAAGCUAUCACAAUUUCGUUACUUGUGUCAGAGCAAUGCCUUGCCCUCGCACAUUAAGAUCACCGUUACGCGUCAAACUCUUUUUGAGGAUUCGUAUCAUCAAAUUAUGCGUUUGCCCGCCUAUGAGUUGCGCCGACGUCUCUACAUUAUAUUCCGUGGCGAAGAGGGUCUGGAUUAUGGCGGUGUUUCACGCGAGUGGUUUUUCCUACUCUCCCAUGAGGUUCUCAAUCCCAUGUAUUGCCUGUUCGAGUAUGCUAACAAAAACAACUACAGUCUGCAAAUUAAUCCCGCCUCGUAUGUUAAUCCCGAUCAUUUGCAAUAUUUCAAAUUUAUUGGUCGGUUUAUUGCUAUGGCUCUAUAUCAUGGGCGUUUCAUCUACUCUGGUUUUACAAUGCCCUUCUACAAGCGUAUGCUCAAUAAAAAGCUGACCAUAAAGGAUAUCGAAACAAUUGAUCCGGAAUUUUAUAAUUCUCUGAUAUGGGUAAAGGACAAUAACAUCGAUGAAUGUGGCCUGGAGUUGUGGUUUAGUGUAGACUUUGAGGUGCUGGGACAAAUAAUCCAUCAUGAGCUGAAGGAGAAUGGUGAAAAGGAACGAGUGACGGAGGAGAACAAAGAGGAGUACAUUACACUGAUGACUGAGUGGAGAAUGACGCGUGGCAUUGAGCAACAAACGAAAACCUUUUUGGAAGGUUUCAAUGAGGUUGUGCCAUUAGAGUGGUUGAAAUACUUUGAUGAACGUGAAUUGGAGUUGAUCUUGUGCGGCAUGCAGGAUGUUGAUGUAGAUGACUGGCAGCGUAAUACCAUCUAUCGUCACUAUAAUCGCAAUUCCAAACAAGUCGUAUGGUUUUGGCAGUUUGUUCGUGAUACGGAUAAUGAAAAGCGUGCCCGACUUCUGCAGUUUGUUACUGGCACAUGUCGUGUGCCUGUUGGUGGCUUUGCUGAACUCAUGGGCUCCAAUGGCCCACAAAGAUUUUGCAUUGAGAAAGUUGGCAAAGAGACGUGGCUACCACGUUCCCACACCUGUUUCAAUCGACUGGAUCUGCCACCCUACAAGAGUUACGAUCAAUUGGUGGAAAAGCUAACAUUUGCCAUUGAAGAGACUGAAGGCUUUUGCCAGGAAUAGAUAUGAUGAUGCAUGAACAAUACUAGCAGCAGGCAUAUGCAUGGCGUGUGCAAAAAAAAAAAAAAAACAAAAACAAAAACACAACACAAAAGUUAAAAGUUAAUCUGUAUAUGUUUAUUUAUUUGUUGAUUGAUUUCGUUGUCCCCUUGUCAAAGCGCAACGAAGGCGGAGUUUUAAAGAAAGUCUUGAGAGAAAUAUAGCAAAACAAAAAUUUCAAAAGCAGAAACAAACAAAAAAAAAGUUUACUUAAAAGUAGAAAUGAACAAAAAUCAUUGAUUUAAACAAUAGGAACGGUUUAUAUUCUAAGUUCUCAAUUUACGUUUGCUAUUCCUAAAAGAGAAAAACUUGCAAAAACAUUUACAUGAACAUACAUCGGUCUAUAUAGCCUUUGGAUAAUAAUUUACAUACACUACUGUGGUAAUGUUUAUUGAAUUAAACAAAAACUAUUUAAAAUAAUGAUGCUUUGCAUAUCCUCUACCCACUAACUUUCCAUCCACGAUUGAUCCUCAUUUUUUAACGCCCAUGGUUUUGGACUAGGCGCGCCUAAUUCACACACACACACACACACACACAUGUAUACACACAGAGCCACAUACAAAAACACACUCUAUAUAAAGACAUUUUCUUCUUAUUCUUAUAGCUUUAAAGUCGUCGUUAGUAACCAUUUAUAAUAUAUGCAAUUUUAUUUCUUAUAUAAAAUAAUUAUUUUGUAAAUCCUCCUGUAUAUAUAUAUAAUGUGUAUUAUCUAUCUUGUCUAUAUAAAUAUCUUUUUUUUGUGAUUUUCUUAAAACUAAUUUCUCAUUUUGUUCUGUUUUUUUAUUUUGGUUUAUUUCUGAUAAACGAAGAAGCAAACAAAAAUGUCCAAUAAUGAAACUUAAAAACCUAGUAAUGCGGGAAAAGAAAAGAAAAAUAAAUGAUGACUCAUUUGAAAUAAAAAUAAAAAAUAUAUCGUGAAUGGAAAUUGAAAACACCGUCAUUUAAUAUAUACAUAUAUACAUACAUACCUACAUACAUAAGCAGCAUGUACUACACAAUACAAAUAAUAAAAUUAGGUUUUAUUGUUGUUAAAUAAAUUACAGAUUAAAAAUAUUAUAUUUAGCGAAAACAAAAAGAAAUCAAAA